AUGCUCGGGCUGUGGGGUGAGGACCCCGCGCCGACGCCCUUCUGCAGCACCAGCAGCUCGCAGCGCGGAGGCGCCCCAGGCAAGCCGCUGGGCCCCAACAUGGCCAUGCCCGCCCUCGGCGAUGGCUGCAGCUGGCCGCGGCUGGUGCGGGCGCCACGCUCUGUGGCGGCGCGCCGCGCGCCGCGCCCCGCGGGCGCGCCCCUGCAGGGGCCCGUCAGCCCCGUGUGGGUGGCAGUGGAGGGCGGUGAGGCGGAGGCCCCCGGAGGGCAGCCCGCCCCCGACCGGGACGACGCCGGCGGCCGCGUGGAGUUUGUGGGCCGCUGGUUCCUGGAGCACCCGCCCGAGCUGCUGCAGGAGCUCGUGGUGGGCGAGGCGCGGCGCGCGCGGGCGGGCCCUCCGGGCGGCCCGCCCGCCACGGCGGCGCCCCGAGGCUGCGCGGAGGUGGAGGAGGUGGACAUGGCCGAGCUGGUCCGCCUGCGGCGCGCCAGCGAGGGCGAUCACGGCGGUGGCCGCGAGCCCGCCGCUGCUGCCGCAGCGUUGCAGGUGGAGGAGGUGGACAUGGCCGACUUCCUGCGGCUGCGUGCCGAGGCGGCCGCCGCGGAG